UAAAGUAUAAAUCUGAAUAAUUGAUUUUUAUUUUCAUCAGCUAUUUUAAAACAUGCGGCUGUCUCUCUGCUGCUGCGUUUGGAUUUUAACUCUUCACACCGCCGCUCACCAGCAUCUGUCUGAGCGGGAGGAGGGAGCCGUGCAGCCCGGGGGGAGCACGCAGAUGCCCGGGGUCAGGACGCAGAGACCCGGCGUCGGAGCGACACCGCGGCCGCUGGACGCCAACAAGCCGGAGACGGUGAGGGGAAGCCGGGGGAAAGUCGGCCGCGGCAGGACUCCUCUGGACGGUCCUCACGUGUGUGGCGAUCGGUGUUGUGUCGGAUGGACUUUGUCGCCCAGAACCAGACGAUGCACCAAACCCAGGUGCGUUCCCCGUUGCCGUAGCACUGCGUGGUGCCGGCAGCCUAACCACUGUGUGUGUCGGCGAGGAUUCCGCGGUAAGCGCUGCGAGCUCUCCGCGCCGGCCUCCGUCCCUCCACGCCACGCCGUCGCCACGGCAACGACCAGCAGACCCGAACCAGAACCAGGAGACCCGAGUCCCCCUUUCGCUCUCGGCGCCGAGGUCCCCGACGCCGAUCGGCAUAAAUCAGCCAGAUCUGAAACUGAAGACGUAGGAGGAGUUUCCAAAGUGGAGGAGAACCAAACGUCCCCCAAACGUCGGCCGGCGGGACGGAGAGCCCCGAGACCGCAGACGCCCCAGUCCCAGGGACCGCAAGAAGCCUCAAAAACAGAAGACAAGAUCCUGAUCCCACAGUCUGGUUCAGGAGCCUCCCUCUCCUCUGGGUCCUGGUCCCACGCUGAGCCUAGACCACCGCUGGAUGUGGAAGAAACGUCCGAAACGGAAGGUCAAAGGUUAACUCCCCUAGCUACGACACCGUCUAAAGUCCCGACUGUGGAGUCAAACUUGCGGCUGAGAGGAAUGGACGGGCUGAAUUCGCCGAGGGGACGGGAAACCGCGGGCGACGGCGUGGCGGGAGAGGAGAAGACUCUGCGGGAGGCCCAGGCCGUGCUGCUGAGGAAGACUCUGUCUCGGGGAGGAGGAGGAGGAGGAGGAGACAAGAUGGCCGCCCUGCUGAUGAAGCACAUCGAGAAGGAGAGGAAGAAGGUUCUGGUAGAAACCAGCGUGAAGACUUUCUUCACUCAGAAGGGCCAGUACACGGUGCACGUCUCUGCCGAGCCAGACUAG